CUCUCUCUAAACUAAUAAUGGCGAAUUCAAGCUUUCAUGCAUUUCUUCUAUUGUUCUUCAUUAAUGCUUGUUUGAAUCUGAAUUUAAUCGAUGGAAAGAAACAAGGUGAUGUUUUGACUCAAUUUUUGAAAUCCAGAAAUAUAGAAAGAAAUGUUGAGUUUAACAAUCAAUUUGAAGUGCUGAGAAAAGGUGAAGAUCUUGAUGAUGUAAUCCUUUCACAAGAUGGGUUGAAAGAGAAAGAUAAGAUUACGUCACUUCCCGGUCAACCUCCGGUGAAGUUUGAUCAGUAUGGUGGUUAUGUUACUAUUAGUGCUUCACAUGGAAAAGCAUUUUAUUAUUAUUUUAUUGAGGCCGAUAGUCCUUCCAAACAUUCCUUACCACUUCUUCUCUGGCUAAAUGGAGGGCCUGGUUGUUCUUCUCUUGCAUUUGGAGCCAUGACAGAACUCGGAGCUUUCCGUGUUCACAGUGAUGGAAAAACUCUGUUUUACAACAAAUUCGCAUGGAAUAAAGUCGCAAACGUCCUAUUUUUGGAAUCGCCAACAGGAGUAGGUUUUUCAUACUCAAACACAACGUCAGAUUACUCAGUAGUAGGCGAUACGAAAACCGCACACGAUAAUUACAUAUUCCUAUUGAAUUGGCUUGAAAGAUUUCCUGAGUAUAAAUCCAGAGAUUUCUACAUCUCCGGCGAGAGUUACGCGGGACAUUACGUUCCUCAACUUGCAUACACCAUUUUUCAACACAACAAAUCUGCAAAGAAGAAUCGCUUUAUAAACUUCAAAGGAUUAAUGAUUGGAAAUGCUGUGAUUAAUGAAGGGACAGAUAGUGCUGGGAUGUACGAUUAUUUCGCAUCUCAUGCCCUAAUUUCUGAUGAACUUGGAAAGCAAAUUCGGAAAACCUGCAAUUUCUCAGCAGAUGAAGUCAGUAUUGAAUGCAAAAAGCAUAUAGAUGCAUCCGAUGCCAAUACUUUUCAUGUUGACGGUCUUAAUAUCUACAACAUUUACGCUCCAAUCUGCAAAUAUUCUCAAGUCACUCUACUUCCUAAGAGAACCUCUAUAAGGAAUAUUGAUCCUUGCAUUGACCAAUAUACGUAUACUUAUCUGAAUAGUCCAGAUGUCCAAAAAGCCCUCAAUGCUAAUGUCACUAACCUCACUUAUGAUUGGGAACCAUGCAGUGAUGUGCUGCACUAUAAUAACCCUAAGGAUUACGUAUCAACUGUAAUUCCUGAGUUGAGAGAGCUAAUGGCAGGCGGAAUUCGCAUAUGGAUCUUCAGUGGGGACGUAGAUGGAAGGGUACCCGUUACUUCAAGUGAAUACUCUAUUGCUUCAAUGAAACUCCCCAUCAAGAAUGAAUGGCGUCCUUGGGUAUUCAACCAAGAGGUUGGUGGGUAUGUUCAAGUUUAUAAAGGAGAUUUGACAUUUGCAACGGUUAGAGGAGCAGGACAUGAGGUGCCAAGUUAUGAGCCUGCAAGAGCUCUUACUCUAAUUGCUUCAUUCCUCAAGGGAAAGCCUCUUCCAGCUUUCCAAGAUCAAAAUUAAAUAAAUUUUAUGUUCUAUAUUGGGAGAGGUUCAUCGUUGAUCGAUGAUGAUGAUGAAGUGUUUGUUAUUCUAUCACUUUUCUAUAUAGAUGUAUCAAUUAAUUUUAGUUUCAAUAAAACUUAUUUAUUUACUUAUUAAUAAGGGUCACAUAUAUUAUUUUUAUUUAUACAAGUUAUGAAGAGUGUGAUAUUUC